UUGAGCGGUGGAGGUCGGAGACACAUACCUUCCAUCUUCGCACCGAUGAGGCCACAAUUACACUUCAGGAUGUGGAGGUCCUCUUUGGAUUGCGGGUAGAUGGAGAGCCAUUAUACACUCAGUACGAGCCUCCUCAUGGUAGUACAUCGUUGACGGAGUUGACUAGGCUCACCCACUUCGUGCCUGGUGCCGAGGGCCAGAUGUCGGGACAGAGUCGGGUUCAGAUUAGUGCACUCUGCACUUAUUUGGAGGCUCUGCCUCCUGUUAAGGACCGUACCCAGCAGGAUGUUGUUGAUCGUCAUGCUCAUUUGUACUUGCUUAUUAUAUUCGAAGGCAUCUUGUUCCCGAACUCAUCGGGUGCCUUUGUUAGUUUACGAUAUUUGGUCUUCUUGGAGCAUCUGGACCGCUUGAGAGACUACAGCUGGAGUGGUGCUGUUUUGGCGUACCUUUACAGAUGCCUAUGCCGAGCAUCUAUUGGUGUUGUCAGCGAUGUGUGUGGAUUUUUUGCUCUUCUCCAGUUAUGGGCGUGGGAGAGGAUGCUGCCUUUUCAGCUCGUACCUACGCAUUACCUCGAUAUUGACAUGCCCUAUGCGAGGAGGUGGACGGCGGGUUGUGACCGGGAUAUGGAUAUGCACCACAAUAUUCUUUCAUUCCGGGACCAACUUGAUUACAUGACGGACGAUACGGUAAAACUAUUUAAUUUUACAUUAUUAAUUUAAUUAAACAUCUUUUCUACUUGGUGAUCACUAAUUUGUAUUUAUAUGUUAUGCAGCUAUUUAUAUGGAUGCGGUACGCUGCUAUAUUAGAUGGGUUGCCGGCCUUUUGUAAGGCAGGUCAGGGGGUGUGGAGGUCGCGGUGUCCAUUGAUACACCUGGACAUCGUUGAGGACCACAUGCCCGAGCGCGUCUUACGACAGUUUGGGCAUACACAGAGUAUACCCCCUGACGUUCGUCAUGAGCUCCGACACUACCAGCGGGACGAUCGGGCCACCGUUGAUGAUGCAUUUCUGGCUUUCAUGGCUGUCCAGCUCCACCGUUGGGAGCACAGGUUGGACACUUUAGCGAUGGUCGGCCAUUUGACUCCCAUUCAGGAUUACAUGCGCUGGUAUCAUCAGAUCACACGCCGAUUGAUCGGUAACCCAGCAUUGCGUCCCUCAAGGGAUCUGGUGGCCGUACAACAAUUACGCAUGUUGGGGUUAGAGCAUAAGCCUUACCCCUGGCUUGCGGAUAUGGUACGGAUAUCCGAGGAUGGUAUCCGGCAGGCUGGAGAGUUUAGGCGCAUGGAGGAGCCUAUUCCAGAGGCUGAGUAUCAGCCAGCGCCAGGAGGAGGACUUGGUUGUAACAUCCCGUAA